AUGCAGCACUUGGUGUCGCUGUACGGAAUUUUUUCGCCGGAGCCGCUGAAACUAGCGUUGGGUAAUGGCCACCACGGUAUUGUAAGACUGCUGUGCGAAGCAAUUGAGUGUGGGGACUCGCUCGUGUGGGCAGCCGAGAACGGACGGCUUGAAGCGAUCAAACCUAUACACGAGUAUCAUGAGGAUGAGGAAACACCGUACUUCUAUGAGGCAGUACUAACUGCAGUCUCAGCUGGAAACCUUCCGAUUGUGCAAUUUGUAAACAGUCAAUUCGGUGAAGAACUCUAUGGACUUUACGGUGGCCGUGCAGUCGGCGGGUGCCCACUCACAAGAGCGAUUGAAGACGGUAAGGCGGAGAUCGCAAAGUACCUGGUUGAGAACAACGGGUACAAUGCUUCGAUGUUCGAGAUGGCCUUUUCAGCGGCGGCUACUUAUGGCCCGCUUAAGAUCGUAGAGCUAAUGCAGAGCGACGAAAGAUCAGAUGCUUCUCUACGCAAGAAGGGUUUUGGCCUUGCAGCUGGAGGUGGACUGUCGGAAGUCAUGGAGUUUUUUCGGUCUAAAGGUGACUUCGCUACUUCAGUGGUUCGCGAGGCAUUCCUGAGAGCAGCAGGGUGUGGGCAGACAAGAAUUCUCAAGCAACUUUAUGCAGAUCAAGCGCAUGAAAUUCUGGCUGUCAUCGAUGAAGCGGCAUUGACAGCGAGUGGAGGCGGCCACCUCGAAGUGGUCAAAUUCUUUGAUAAUAAAGGACACGUCGCGGAAGAGCUGGUUGUCAAGAUGUUCGAGUGCGCAGCCACCGAUGAGGGUCUGAAGGACGUGAGCAUCAUCGACGACCAAACUGGCGUUCUGGCGUACUUGCACUCAAAAGGGUGGAUCUCUGUCGAAAUUAUGAAUGAAGUCUUCCCAAAAGCUGCCAGUUGCAGCUGCGUCGAGGCGGUCGAGUUUUUGCUCACGACCGGGCCGAUUUUCCUUGAGGUGGCGGAGGAUGCAUUUGAAGAGGCAGCGUGGGAUAACUGCACCGUAGUGGAGUACUUCUGUAAGACCCGCGCAGUUUGCCCAGAGUUGAUCGAGAUUCGUGGAAGCCGCCGCGAAAAACGAUAUCUACUUGGUAGAGACUCUGUACAAUAG